AGACUGUCCCUGAACUGCUCCCCGAAGAUUGUGUACAGGUAGGGGUUGAUGGCACUGUUGGCGAUCAGCAGCAGCUCCACCGCGAUGGUCACCUCAUCCGGGACAUCGAACAGGCCGAACCUAACAUGACGUUCUACAAAGACAUUUGAUACCGUGAGACGUGGCAUUACCAUAGAAGACAUCGUAACCGGUUGGUCAUCUCCUGGGACAUGGCUUCUGUCAAACUUGUCAUCCACCUGCUGGUGUUGGGUCUAGCACCGGGAACCAGCUAUGCCUUCUUCAACUACCCUCCCGGUUCCUGGGGACCGUGGGGACCGUGGUCUAAUGAGUGCGGCUGCUCGGACACCUCCAGGUACCGGACACGGAACUGCGUGACUAUAUACGGCCAAGUGGUGACCGACGCGAUGCAGAUGAUGUUCACCUCAGGCUGCGGAAACUUCGGCAUGAACGUCGGCGACAACAUGGAGACAGUCGCCUGCCCGGAAUGCAGCGCUAUCCCUGAGCUGGAGACGUGGAACGCGUGGUCUGAGUGCUCCGACCCGUGCCUGGGCCAGCCGUACCGAAGCAGGGUCCGCCGCUGCAUCUACCCUAACGACCCGUACGGAGAACUGCCUCCUGUCGGCAGCUGUGACGGGAGCCUGUACGACCAGCAACACUGUGAUACAACAUGUGUCCAGAACGCGGAGUGGGACCUAUGGAGCAGUUGGAACUACUGCCCAUGUAACGCCAUCCCCAACCUGACCAAACGUGUCCGCUGGAGGGGCUGUAUCGACGGGGACCACCUCGGUAUCCUGUACGUGGAUGAUUUCAACUGUGGGGAGGGCGAUACCACUCAGACCAAGCUGUGUACGGCGGAGGAAAUCCCGGAAUGUACCAAACCUGUUUCUGCCAAGAGCUUGGGGUAUAAUUCAUCGUACUACGAGUGGAGCUCCUGGGGUUCCUGGACGCCGUGCCCGGACCUGUGUCUGCACGACCCGACCGUCAUCACCUCACGGUACCGGGUCUGCACCUACAUCUACAACGGGCAGACCGCGGACCAGCUGCUCUGCGGGGUCGACUUCUACCAGAGCGAGGCCUGUCCUAAGGUUCCAUAUGACGAAUGUAACGACUCGUAUGUUCCUGUCGAAUUCGAGCGGACACCGUGUUAUGAAGAAGGAGCAGGGGCCGUGUUCUACAAGGGCUGUGCUAUGACCUGCACGUGUGCUGAUGCUACACACUUCACCUGUGAGGACAUGUGUUCAAACCUACCGCCCGAGCUGUUCCAGUACGACCAGAACGGCUGCCGGUACAUCAUGACGCAGCCGUAUGCCGACAUGCCGUACAACCCGGACACGUGCUGCCCACACCUGGAGUGUGACCCGGCAUUCGCAGCCGGAAACUGCCCCGAGCUUGACUGUGAGGAGAACUGUAAGCGCGGGUACAAGGUGGAGCGGGGGUAUGACGGCUGUCUGCGCUGUCACUGUCUCAGCACGCCGACUAUUGCUGAGGAGGCAUACGGAGCCGCCAUUGACCACAACGAGGCAAGGGCUCGAAUGUGCCCUGCGCAUCUGCUAUGUGUCGGGUCCUGUGACACCGGGUACGCCCGGAACGAGCACGGCUGUCUCACAUGCGAGUGUAAUACGCCAGAUUGCCCAGCGAUGACCUGUGACCUAGACUGCCCGGGAGGACUGGCGAAAGACGCCUAUGGGUGCGAGCUGUGUCAGUGUGCUCUGUUUGACGACGGGUACUGCACACACCACGGCCAACACUACAAGAACGGACAGAAGUUCCUGUCAGACUGUGAGGGGGAGGGAGGCUGCUGCGAGAUGAUCUGUCGGUGCCUGGCCAACCACGUGACCUGCGAGACCAUCUGCCCAGCUGUUCCUAUGCCCGCCACUGAGAACUGCCCGUCCCCUGUACUGGUGACCGUCCCGGAAGUGUGCUGUCAGCAGUACGCCUGUAACCAUGACGACACCAUCAGCGCCAGGAGGGAGCUGGGUCUAGUGCCCGCAAAAUUGACAGCAGGCGACUGUGUGAGUAUAGACGACACGUGUGAGCUGCACUGUCUGGACGGGUACGCACAGAACCGGCAGGGCUGUGACAUCUGUCAGUGUUCUACCGUCGAUCCGGGUUCCUGCAUCCACAACGGUAACGUGUACAGGAACGGGCAGGCUUUUGUUGACCCUGAGACAUGUGAUCAGCGCUGUACCUGCAAGGAUGGGGACGUGGUCUGUGAGCUGUACUGCUCCGCGGGAGACGCCCCUGCUGAGGACUGUUUUAAGCUGGAGCUGCCCGGACUCUGCUGUACCAAGUGGGUCUGCAGUGAGCAGGAGAUGUACGCCACAUACGACGAGUUUGGAAUACAAGUGAACCGGAACGUGGAUGGAUCCACCCUGACUGUGUUUGUGGUGAGGCAGAACAGUCACCACAUUGCGGCAGCGGGCGAAGAGGAAACGCCGUGUGAAACUGCCCGAACCACAGCCUUGAACACCAACGAUACCUUGACCGGUGGUUACGUGCCGACCUGCUCGGACACAGGCGCGUACAUGCCCGUACAGUGUCACGGGAGUACCGGGGAGUGCUGGUGCGUGGACGGGCAGGGACAGGAGGUGUCCGGCACCAGGGUUGGAGCUGGAUACGCCCUACCUGACUGCUCCGACUACACCGUCCUGUCCUGCCCUGUCAAGUUCUGCACGGUGACCUGUCAGCACGGGUUCGCAGUAGGAGAGGACGGCUGCCACACGUGCGACUGUAAAGCUGAGCCAGGACCCCUGGGUCACCUGGUCUUCACCAUUGACUUCCCCGGGCUCGGUUACACCAGUGAUAUGGUGGACACCUCUUCAGCAGCCUUCCUGGGAACAGCUCAGGAGAUAGAGACCAACAUUAAAAGUGAGCUACUCUCCAACACAACCUGCUACGGAGUCUCUGUUUCAUCGCUGAGCAAGGGCACCGGAAACGUCGGCGUUAUCGCUUCCGGUGCGAUCACGGCCGGGGAGGAUGAGAUGACGCCUGCGCACACCCUCCUGACCAUGUCGUCACUAACUGGUCACGUGGGUAGCCUACAGAUGGGUAACGUGGACUUCCCUGACGCCAGCUGCUGUCCCAGCGGCUUCACACAUCGUAACGGUUCGGGCAGGUGCUACAAGUUUGAUAUGAAUAAUGAGUUCCUGAGCUGGGAGGACUCCAAGGCGCUGUGUGAGGCUGCCGGAGCCGACCUGCUCAGUAUCGAGGAUGAGGACGAGAACGCUUACAUCCAUCACUAUGUGGUGGAGAACAUCCUGUCGGCUGACCACCCUCAGUACAUCCACUGGACCAGCGGUAACGACCUGCAGCAGCAGGGGCACUUCGUGUGGGCGACGGGAGGAGUCGUCAACUACCGCCGCCGGCCUGGCGACUCCGUCCGGGACUACGCCGAGAAAACCGCCAAGCGCUGCAUCGCAGGAGGUGACCUUGUAGCCGCAGCCACCCUGGACCAGACCCGCUGCAGCUUCCAGCUGUACUACAUCUGUGAGAGGGCUUCUCUCUGUCCCGCACGCUGUGCACCGUGAGACGACACUAAUCUCCAAGCAGAUCCUACAAUGGCAUAAGAUAGUACCAAGCUGGCCAAGGAGUGUAGUCACACAAAAGGUGUCCAUUUGCCUUGUAGCGAAACAAACUCCUAAGCCGGCUUCACUCCUCUGGCAGCUUUUGAUACAACCUAAUGCUAACGUAGGAUCUGCUUGGAGAUAAAGACAACACAGCAGCAGGGAAACUUCAGCAGUGAGAAACAGAAAGUAACACUGCAACUGGACAAACAGUAGAAUACCCUACUUUACUUAACUUUGGACGCUAUACUAUAUGUCAUCUUCCACUCCACGUUAUUCCCCAUCAGGGACUUGAUUUUAUUCACCUUAGUCAGGUUGGUUUUAGUUCUUUUGUUGUCAAGAAAGGUUAUGUGUAGCCUUUCCAUUGUUUUUUUUUCUUGCAUUUAAUAACUUUGAAGCUAUAACGUCAGGGAGUCAGAUACAACGAGCUUUCCAGUCUUCUUCUCAUUAUCUACACUGUCACUUAUUGAAAACAAUUACAUAACUUCUUAUAAGAAAGAACAAAUCCCAUUGUAGUAUUCAAAUAAACAUUCUCAUGAAAGUUAGCUCUCAUUAUCGUUUUGGUGACGAUAGCAAUCCUCGUCCCUGAUCAGGCCAAAAAUCAAUAACCUAACAAUCAUCUCUAUCAAUAACUUAAACUACAUAGAAAUGGACGAAACUAAGACAUAGAUUGACCUCACGUUAGAGAACGUUGGCAAGGGAACCGCUAACUAAAGGCCCUAAUCAUUGAAAUUACAGGAAAACGUUGGGAAUACUAUUGAGGUACUAUUCAAAGUGUCAGUGUAAUCAGCACAUACUGGUCUAAUCAUAGUGAUAUGAUCUUAAAUAGAUUAUGAUUGCUUGGAUUUCAAACCUUUUCCCGUGUUAUGAAAAGGUCAUCAGCUUUAAUCUAGAUAUAUAAAUGGCAUCAAUAUGCAACAUUACAGGGUAAGGCUGAGGAAACUAGCCCGGCAAUAAGAACACGUGGGUAGGCCCGGUCCCUCUACUACCUCAUCAUAUCCAUUAUCACUGUGAUUAUGUUCCCUUGUGAUUAAAAGCCAUAACUUGUAUCCAUCAAAUACUGCAAUGACCCACUGUAACAGACAUAUUCACAUGUACACUAUAUACUGUAGGUCAUCCGUCAGAAACUUUAAACCGGUAUUUCUUAAAUUAUAGGAGAGAAGCACAUAUAUAAUCAAACGUGCAUUAAAUGUGUUAGACGUGUAACUGGGAGAGAAAAUUAAAGUAAUGCUCUGUCAAUAAAGACUACAAGACGUAAACUCCCUUAAGGUAUUGUAACGUAACUGAUACCUAUCAGAUAAGGACACGCUAAUGUAGCAGAAAUACUCACAGGUACCACAAACAUAC